CUGACCCAGACCAUCCCUCCGCUAUGCCAUCCUUCUUGCCAAUACUCCUUGCACUGGCUGCCUCCUCACAAUGUGCUCUCUCACAGGUGGUUCUGACUCAGUCGGAUCCAGUAUUGAAGAAACCUGGAGAAUCCCAUAAACUGACUUGUGCCGUCACUGGGUUUGAUCUUAGCAGCACCUGGAUGAACUGGGUCAGACAGAAACCCGACAAAGGUCUAGAAUGGCUUGUGGACUAUUAUGGAACAGCUUCUGGGCAGAGUUAUUAUUCCCCUGCAAUCCAAGGGCGAUUCACAGCCUUGAAAAGUGGCUCCAACUUCUAUCUUCAAAUGAAUAAUCUGAACGUAGAAGACACAGCUGUGUAUUACUGUGCAAGAGACACAGAAACACCCCGUUCUAGGAUCCAUCCAUUACUCCCGUUCCUCAUUACCAAGUUGGUGUAUCUUAUCUUUAGCAUUAUGCAUUUCUUGCUGCCCUUCUUGUUUUCUCUGUUAACCUUGCCAAGAUGGACUUUAUCUGAUGUCCAGCUCACAUCUUCUGGGCCAGGAACAGUGAGACCUGGAGAAAAUCUCAGGCUGGUCUGUACAGUUACAGGUGUCUCCAUCACUGACGCAGCUUAUGCUUGGAAUUGGAUCCACCAGCCUCCUGGGAAAAGUGUAGAAUGGAUUGCAACAAUAUACCCCUAUAAUGGGAAUAAGCUUCAUAAUGCUUCUUUUAAGAGUCGUGCAACCAUUUCUUCCGACACCUCCAAAAAUGAGUUCUUCCUCCAGCUGAACUCCCUUACAGAGGUUGAUACAGCUGUCUAUUACUGUGCCAGACAUGCCACAGGAGAAAAUGAGUGGGAAGGAGCCACAAUUAUUGCUAUCAGCUCAUUAGCCUGCAUCUUCCCUUUGGUUGGCAUGGAGGAAUGGCCCCAGCGGCAGAGGGAAAGUCACUGA